AGUUGGAUCCUUGGGGUUUGGAUUUCUAGUACAAAGGGGGCUCGCGUGGGCGGAAGAUCGCGAGCAUGCGCAGGAGGUGCACACAUGCAUGCCUGCCUUUAGCGUUGGGUGAAUGUCAGGGUGGAGAAACAAGAUACAAUAAAGAGAAGAUACUGCAAGGGCAGGGCAUAGAUGAACCUCUCUCUGAGACAGGCUUCCAACAAGCCCGUGCUGCAGGUGUGUUUCUCAGCAAUACCAAAUUUACUCAUGUGUUCUCAAGUGAUCUGCUUCGGGCAAAGCAGACGGCAGCCUCGAUUCUCGGAAAGAGUCAGUUUUGCAAAGAGACUGCAGUAAAGUAUGAUCCAAGACUCCGAGAACGGGGGUAUGGAGUGGCAGAAGGGAGGCCCUUGAGUGAUCUCAGGAUCAUGGCAAAAGCUGCGGGGGAGCAGUGCCCAUCCUUUACACCUCCUGGAGGAGAAACCCUAGAAGAAGUAAAAGCACGUGGUGAGGACUUCUUUGCAACUCUUUGCAGGCUCAUUGUUAAGGAAGCGUGUCAGGAAAAACAAGCUCCCGAAAGGACAGCCGGAAACGACGCAGACAAACCUAGCACCUUGCUCACAAACCACCACGGAAGCCGGGAGUUUCAUUCCAAUCCCAUUGGAGCUACCGAGGAGCUGUUUGCCAGUGUCCUGGUCGUGAGUCAUGGGGCAUACAUGAGGAGCUGGCUGAGCUAUUUUGUUUCGGACCUAGGAUGUAUUUUGCCAGCCUCUUUGACAAAGACUGAGCUCUCUUCCGUGAGUCCCAACACUGGGGUUAGUCAGUUCAUUGUAAAGCUUGAGAGUAAAGAUAACAUCAAACCUAAAAUCCAAUGCAUUUGUCUGAACAAAAACGAUCAUUUAGGUGACGUGGCCGCUGAACAUAUUAAGCUCUGAAACAGCAAAGACAAAAAAAGCAAUGUGUAUUUAUGCAGUGAGCGCAAGCAUAUUUUCUUCUACAUUAUUUGAGUUGUUUGGGCUGUUUGAAAAGGGGCAAAAUAAGAGUAAAUUCAUCUUCUGUUGCAAAAGUUAAUUUUUUUAGCAACUGAAUUUAGGUGAUUCACACAGGCUGAUUCUGCAAAGGCAACUCCAAUGGGUUAAAUUAGGGGUGGCCAACCUGUGCUGCUCCAGAUGUUAACGGACUACAAUUCCCAUCAGCCCCUGCCAGCAUGGCCAAUUGGGCUGAUGGGAACUGUAGUCCAUGAACAUCUGGAGCACCACAGAUUGGCCGCUCGUGGGUUAAAUGAACCCAUGAUGAGUUAAAUGAACAGUUUUUCCUGUGCUGCCGUUUACACGACGGGGGACGGGGCCAGCCAGGAACCUGGGAUCCUGGCAGCAGGAGCCAACAUAGUUCACAUGGGAAACGAGGUGUUUCCCUGCGAACUGCACAGCUGAGAAUCUCACCCACCUGAGGAACCCCCUACCCACUUCCCAGCACAACAUGGCUGCCGCCUAUUAGAAAAUCCCUUCUAGGGGCGGCCGCAUGGGGAACCCACCCUGAGGUGAAAUGAGCCCCCUCCAGUAGUUCCUACUUCUAACUGCAACCCAGUUGCAAAAGGCAGUGUUUGGAGCGAGUGGGGUUAGGAAUCCAUCAUAAUGGUGGAUAGAAGGGGCUAGGAAUUGAACGCUUCCUGUUUGCCUUAGUUGGCACAGGCAAGCAGGAAGCAUUUUUAAAAAGUUGCCGGUUUAGCAACUUACAUUUAAGCCGGGUUCAGGCUAAUAUAGCAGAUUAGAAGCAUUGGGGGGGGGGAGGGGACCGGGGGGGGGGCAAGUUCUGUGGGAACUUUUCCCC